AUGGGGGAAGAUUAUUACUAUUGGAGUCACAAUAUGAAAGUUUUGCUAAAAUCUAUGAAGCUUUGGAAUAUUGUUGAUGAAGGUUUUGAAGAUCCGGAGACUAAAGAUGGAAUGACUCAAGCACAAAGAAAUGCUUUGAAUGAAAAGCAAGAAAAAGAAAGUAAAGCCCUUUUCCACAUUUACCAGGCAAUUGAAAGAUCGGUGUUUGAACGAAUUGCAAAAGCUGAAACUUCAAAGCAAGCUUGGAAAAUUUUGCAGACAGCACACCUUGGAGAAGAGAGAGCAUUCAAUGGCGAAUGUUUAGAAGAUCAGAAAGUUGUUGAAAAAGUUCUUCGAAGUCGACCAUCAAGGUUUGAUUUCAUUGCUGCCACAAUUAAGGAAUUCAAAGACUUGGAAACACUUUCAUUAGAUGAUUUACUUGCAUCGUUAAAAUCUCAUGAACUGCGAGUAAAGCACAGGAAUCCAUCACUCCCUGAUCAAACACUCAAAUCUCAAAUUUUGGGAGGCUUUAAUUCCAAUACCUUUAGAGGAAGAGGACGAUCUGGAGCUCGAGGGAGAGGCCACCAUUCUCGUGGAAGAGGAAGAGGAUUUCAAAGUGGUGGAGAGUUCAAAGAAGAAGUAAAGGAUGAUCACACAGCAAUUUUCGAAGAGGUCGAGGCCGAGGAUAUCAUCAAAGAGGUAGAAAAGAAUUCCUGA